AGGGUGAGUGAGAGAGAAGCAAGUCCGCUUGAUCGAGCAGCACCUGCAGCUGCACCUUCCUCCUCUCAAAGUAAACACAUUACAUCAAUUUCUCAAUUAGACGAUUAAGUGAAGGUGCGAACAAAACCAUUUAUUGUAUUCUUUUAAUAGCUAUCAAUUAUCUUAUGGCCUAAAUAUAAAUACCAUUACUUUAUCCGAUCUGCAUUUCCCCCCUUUGCAAUUUCCUUUUUUUUUUUUUUUGCAACCAAGGCCAAAAUCUGGCAAAUCUUGGGGGAUUAAGGCCUCGCUUGUCUCUUAAGCAAGCAGUCUCCGAGUACGAUCACGACGACGAGGAGUGUAGGCCUUGGCGCCGCAGGAUUUCUUCCUCUAUGGCCUUUUUCACCUGGGGCUCUGCUCUUAGGAUCACUCUCCUCCUCCUCCUCCUUGCUGCUGUUAUUUUCGCUUGCUUCACCCUCCCCGUCGAAAAGAUCUUGAAGGACUUCUUAUUAUGGGUUGAGAAAGACCUUGGGCCUUGGGGACCCCUUGUGCUGGCUGUAGCAUACAUUCCUCUAACGGUCCUGGCGGUUCCAGCGUCAGUGCUUACUCUUGGAGGUGGAUAUCUCUUUGGGUUGCCUGUGGGCUUUGUUGCUGACUCUAUUGGUGCCACCAUUGGUGCAGGGUCUGCUUUUCUUCUUGGAAGAACGAUUGGAAGAUCUUUUGUUGUUUCCAAGCUGAAGGAUUAUCCACAGUUUAGGUCAGUUGCAAUUGCAAUUCAGAAAUCUGGCUUUAAGAUAGUUCUUCUGCUUCGACUUGUUCCCUUGCUUCCUUUUAACAUGUUGAAUUACCUGCUGUCUGUGACACCUGUUCCAUUAGGGGAAUACAUGCUGGCUUCCUGGAUAGGAAUGAUGCCAAUAACUCUUGCAUUAGUGUAUGUUGGAACAACUCUAAAAGAUCUUUCUGAUGUGACCCAUGGAUGGAGUGAGUUUUCAACUACUCGUUGGUUGUGCAUCAUAUUGGGCCUUGUUGUAUCUGUGGUUCUGAUGUUUUGUGUUACUAAAGUUGCCAAGUCUGCUUUGGAAAAAGCUUUGGCUGAGAAUGAGGAUAUAGAUAGCAUUUUGGCUUCGCCUCAUUUACCCAUUGUGGCUGAUCCUGCCGUUGAUCUGAGCCAGCCUCUCAUAAUCAAGAUAGAUGCAUCUGAAGAUGACCAUGAAAAAUGAAACGCUUAUUUUAUGUAAAUUCUUUCCCUACGUAUACGUUCAACAUCUCAGCAUAUGGCCUUGUCGAUUGUGAUCUGUACAGUGCAAUUAUUUACAAAAUGUAGGAUUUGGGAGAAGUUGCUGAUCUACAUUCAAGUGGCAUAGCCACUUCAAUUGAAGUUCAAUAAUUAUUACAAUGAAACCAUUGUUUUGAGUGA